GCUUGUAAAAUGUCUGGGAAUGUUGGGAUGGAAGCCCUCAUUCCCAUUGUCAACAAGGUGCAAGAUGCAUUCACGCAAGUUGGAAUGAACUCCGUCAUUGACUUGCCUCAGAUCGCUGUAGUUGGUGGACAAUCUGCUGGUAAAAGUAGUGUCCUUGAGAACUGUGUGGGAAAAGAUUUCCUGCCACGUGGUACUGGUAUAUGUACUCGUAGACCUCUCAUUUUGCAGCUCAACUUUGUUGAGAAAGGAGAAUGGGGUGAGUUUCUCCACGCAAAGGGUAAGAAAUUCACAGACUUUGACGAGAUAAGAAAAGAGAUAGAAGCAGAAACAGACAGGAUGACUGGUAGUAACAAGGGUAUUUCUGACAUUCCUAUAAACCUGCGCAUAUUCUCCCCUCACGUUCUGAACCUGACGCUGAUAGAUUUGCCGGGUAUCACUAAAGUUCCUAUCGGAGAUCAGCCCCCUGAUAUCGAACAUCAAAUUAGAGGAAUGAUAAUGCAAUUCAUCUCCAAACCGAGUUGCCUGAUUCUGGCAGUCACUCCAGCUAACUCCGAUCUCGCCAACUCUGACGCCCUCAAACUCGCUAAAGAAGUCGACCCCGAGGGUAUUCGAACUAUUGGUGUGUUAACAAAACUGGAUCUUAUGGACGACGGAACAGAUUCCAGAGAUAUUCUAGAUAACAAAGUUCUUCCUUUACGCCGAGGUUACAUCGGUGUGGUAAACAGGAGUCAACGUGACAUCGAAGGAAAGAAAGACAUAAAAGCGGCCCAGGCUGCCGAGCGGAAAUAUUUCUUAACCCACCCAUCUUACAGACAUUUAGCUGAAAGGGCGGGAACGGCAUUCCUACAGAAAACUCUGAAUCAGCAACUUACGAACCACAUUCGAGAAGUUUUGCCAAGUUUGCGCUCCAAACUAGAACAGCAGAUGACCUCAAUGGAGUCCGAGGUCAAAGAAUUCAAGAAUCUUGGGAUGACUGGUGGACGAGAGGACAAGAGUGCUCGGCCAAGAAUGAUGAUGCAGAUGGUGAAUAGAGUGACGCACGAUUUUGAGCAGAUGAUUGAAGGUGGUGGUAACGCCGUGGACACCAAAACUCUCAGUGGUGGAGCCAAGAUCAACACCAUCUUCCAUUUCCGCUUCCCUGGUUAUCUCAACGAGGGUAGACUGGACGAGAAAGAGCUGAGGAAGGAAAUAGGAUUUGCGAUCAGAAACAUUCACGGUGUCAGGUCAGGAUUGUUUACUCCUGACGCUGCCUUCGAAAUGACGGUCAAGAGACAGAUUGAUACUUUGUGUCCUCCCUCAAUGAAGUGCAUUCAACAGGUUUCAACAGAGUUACACGAAGUUAUCAUGAAGUGUAUCGACAAAAUAAAGAAUUAUCCCCGCCUCCAGGCGGAGAUUGAUAACCUUGUAUCGGGUUACUUACGAGAGUGCGAGACGUUUUGCCGGGAGCAGAUCCAACAGUUAGUCGAGGUUGAACUCUCUUACAUCAACACAAAUCACGACGAUUUCAUCGGCUUCAACUCUACUGCAAAGGAUGAGUCAGUAAAAGACGUCGCAGCCGGCGGUGGUGGAGAAUCUCAGAGUGGAAAAGCUUCCAAAGCACAGCAAGCGCCAGGCAGAGAAUCAAAGUCGAAGUCGUCCAAACAUCACCCUCCCAAACCUCACUCACCAAAAAAUGAUCGCACCUUUGCUGGGGAACAUUGCAAAGCACGCUGCACGCGGUUGAUAAAGAAAGGUUGGCUGUCAACCUCCAAUGUCGGGCUCACCAAAGGCCUGUCAAGAGAGUACUGGUUUGUGCUCUACACUGACGCUCUGGCUUGGUUCAAAGACGAAUCAGAACGAGAUCAAAAAUACUACUUAACAAUUGAUGGGGUGAAAAUGAAGGAAGAGGAAGAAGAAGAGGGUGGUGGUAUCUUUGGACAUCGCAAAUUCAAAAUCCAACUCUUCCAUCCGAACGCCAGGUACCUGUUUCGAGAAUACAGGGAAUUGUCUCUGUUCGCUAAAGAUGAAGAUGACAUGGAGGAUUGGAGAGCUAGCUUCCUGAGAGCAGGUAUCUAUACGCACCGAAGUCAGAUUGAUUUAGAAGAUUUGGAGGACGAUGAUCGCAAACCAAAAUUCGAACGUUUGUUUGAAGAUCCUCAACUGGAGAGACAAGUAGAGGUUAUUCGAACUUAUGUUAACAGCUACAUGGCGAUAGUAAGGAAGACCUUUAAAGACGUCGUACCAAAGCAUAUUAUGUGCCUUAUGGUUAACAAGAUGAAGGUUUACAUCGAGACGGAGCUCAUGCCUUGUCUGUACGGAGCCGGGAACCCUGCUGAGAUGAUGGAGGAAUCAGAGGACGAGAUUAGAAGGAGGCAGGAGUUAUUAGGGAUGUAUGACGCUUGCAAAGACGCUCUUAAGACCAUAUCGGAGGUGACAGCUAAGACUAGCACGGCACCCUUGCCGCCACCAGUCGCCAGGAAUAAUCACUCUCACCCAAACCUCACGCACCCAACCAUCACUCACCAAAAAAUGAUCGCACCUUUGCUGGAGAACAUUGCAAAGCACGCUGCACGCGGAUCGCCUAGUCCUAAUAUGAACGCUAGUAGAAUGCCUAAAUCUGACUCCGCCCAAUCAUUGAGCCAGAACCAACAAAGGUCCGGGGCGCGACCCCCUCCCAACUUACCUAACCGCCCCACUCCCAACACGGGCGGCGCAACUGGCCGUAGCAAUCCCCCUAUUCUGCCGACCAAACCUCAAACUUCCCUGGGAUCUGACUGGUCAAAGCCCUCCGUUAACGUUAAACCGGUCUCUGGUGUUAAUUUUGGUGUCAAUGUAGCCCCAAAGUUUGGCUUUGCUGACGGGAAACCCAACGUUGGAUUUGAUGUGCGUCCAGCACCAGCCCCGCCUGGCGGAAGCAGGCGCCCACCUCCACCCUCCCGACCCGCUCGACCUAACUAGGCGGCCCUACAUACAUUCAGAAGAUAUAUAAUCUUAAUUUGGGAGACUGUGGCGGAUCGUAGGCCGUUUUAGUCACGUGAUAUCGGGAUUCAGUUUUGGGACUCAUUGGUGAUAGCAUUAUUUGAUGGAAUUGUAUAGCACUGUGACACGUUAUCUAGCAAUUACUCCGACAAAUAUAAUUGUAGAAUUAUAAAUUGAGCUGACAAUUAAAAUAUUUGCUAGGAUGUUGUCUUUGAUUUUAAAAUGCUUUCAAAUAUGACGCUUUUUAUUUUUAUACUGUUUGCACUGUUAUGACAGCUUUUAGCCGAAAGUUUUAUCGGCGGUAUUUCAGUUCCUUGCUCAACUUUCCAUUAAAUUGCGCCCUCGUAUUUGAAAGGAAGGAUGUGA